UAGGUGUCAAAAAUUAAAAAGUCUGAAAUUAAAAGUCUACAGUCAAAUAUGAAUUUUAAAAGCUAUUUAUAACGAGACUAAUGGAGUAUUAAUAAAUGGAAUUUGAUAUUGAAAACAGCAAUUCAAAUAAAAGCGACUGUUACCCAUCAGUGACUGAAAUACCUUUUAUUAAUGCAAAUGAAUUGACCUACAACAAAUUCUUUCAAAAUUUUAUGUUGAAAAAUGUCCCUUGUGUUAUUAAAAAUGUUACGAGUCAAUGGCAAGCUUCUCAAUUUUGGAUAAGAGAUGAUGAGCCAGAUGUUGAGUAUUUACUUACAAAGUACGGUCAUAAUAAAGUAACCAUUUAUAACUGUAACGAGAGAUAUUACAAUUCCCAAACGACACAUGAAAGUGUUUUUGCAGACUAUUUGAAAUACUGGCAGGACUAUAAUGAAGACAGUGCAUUACCGCUUGCCUACUUAAAGGAUUGGCACUUGAAAUUGCUGAAUCAAAAUGAUGAAUUUUACGAGGUUCCUGAAUAUUUUGCCUCAGAUUGGUUAAAUGAGUACUAUACUGCAUGUUCGAGUGAUGACUAUAGAUUUAUUUAUAUGGGCGUUAAAAAUACUUGGACGCCUUUUCAUGCUGACGUUUUCACAUCGUACAGUUGGUCUGCCAAUGUUUGUGGCAGAAAAAAGUGGUUGCUUUUCCCUCCAGGGGAAGAAAACCUUUUGAGGGAUGAUAUGGGUAACUUACCUUACGAUGUAUCCAAUUCGAAAAGUUCUGUAAAAUGUUUUGAGAUAAUACAGGACUCGGGAGAAGCCAUUUUUGUACCUUCAGGCUGGUAUCACCAAGUUUGGAAUUUAAAAGAUACCAUAUCAGUUAACCACAAUUGGGUGAAUGGUUGUAAUAUAAAGAAAAUGUGUAUGUCGAUGAUGAAAGAGUUAGAAGCUGUCCGUAGGGAGAUUGAUGAUUGUAGAGGCAUGGAAGGUUUCGAAGAACACUGCCAAGUAAUGCUGAAUGCUUCUUUCGGGAUGGAUUAUUAUAAAUUUUACGAGUUUAUCAAAUACAUAGGCCUGUCAAGAAUGGAGAUGCUUGAAAAUAGAAGGUCUAGGAUUCUGUUUCAUGGAUACAGAAUAGGCCAAAAUCAUAUUUUGUUUGAUUUAAAAGCUAUUCAGAACGUCUUAGAGGCAUUUGUGAACUGUGAUGAUAUAAAUAGUUUACAGUAUUUUAAAAAUUUAGAUGUGGAACCUCAUGUGUUUUUGCAACAAAUUGUAAAUAUUAUGGAAAAUAUAUGACUGUAUAGAA